UUCAGUUUUAAUACGCUCUUUCCCGUUGCACUUGACCCCAUUUUUGUUGGAUCAGAUGGCAUAUGUCCUUUUCAAAAUAAGUAUGUUGUACCAGUUAGUCAUCAGUAAAGACAGUGACCACCGAAAGUAAUACAAUGACUGAUGGCAUCUAUGAAAUACGCGGUUGCUUGAAAGUAGGUAAACAAUAAUCCGAGUAUUUUGGUAAAAAUCACGUAGGUAUGUCCGGAUUGACUUCUUGAAAUAGAUAGUAACAAAUUAACCGACAAUAGUUAAGCUCACACUUGGGUCAACGCAGACAGGCCGAGACGUUUUGCAGGUUCAAGUCCCCAUUUGUCAUCGCGCUAUAGAUUUACGAGGUUUUUAGCGGUAAACAAACGUAUUUCCCGUCUUUUCCUCAUCUAAAAGCAUCUAGUAGACACUGUCAUGCCGGUUAAACCCUUUGUUGCGUGGUAAAAUUCACCAAGUAAUCGAUUUACGGUGUUUAUUUAGCAUCUUUGGUCUUUUGCAGAGGUCAAUCACGGAACCUCACACAAGCAAACUUACUAAAUUUGUUAGUGGGUUGCACCGUGGCAAAUGUUACUUAGGUGCCUACGUUAGACGUGUAUAACGCUUGUUUCAACUUUAGGGAAUGUGUGAGGCGUUUUAUAUAUAGCGCAUCAAUAGAAAUAUCUUCGCCACGGAACCUUGACAAUAUCUGGAUAGAAAAUCUUCAUAUAUACUGCCAGUUUCGCUAAUUUUAUCGAUAGCCACCCGUAUGGAUGUCAAACCGCGGAAUAAUUAAAUUAAUCUAUUGCAACCGAAGAGAUACCAAGAUAAACAAAGAUAUUGUGACAACGACGAGGAAUCUGAUUGACAGUGUUUUGUUACUUAUCAUCUGUAAAUAAAUUUCAAAUAAAUAGACUGAAAGAUGAUGCCAACUACUGCUGAUCAAAAUCGUUGGUUUCAACAUUUACAUCACUCCCAUCAUCAUAGUGGCAUGACAUCAGCAGCAAACCAUCAUCAAGAAGGAGGCCCGUCAUCUGGAAAUCCACUUCAGUCUCCUGGACCCCAUCACCCACAUCCGUCACUAAAUCCCUAUAUGAACCCCACGCACCAGUAUGUUCCAGGUGAGGAAGUGGAUAUGUAUAUUCACCACAUGGACAGCCAGACCGCCGCAACAGCAGGCAUAACAACGGCAGGAUACUACGGCCUUAACAAUGCAGCGCGAGCCGCCGCUGCCGUACAUCAGUACCGAGCUCAUAAUCUUAACGUUGCAAGAAUGGGAAGUGGAGAUCGUCCACCAGCACUAUGUCGACAACAUCCAUUUCAGUCCCAUCAUUCAUCAACCACUGGCUUGCCGUGGUUUGAUUCAAAUGGUACAUCGGUAACCUCCAGUAGCACUGGACUGCUGGCCCAUUUCCCGAAAUCGAUCACACAAACACCAUGGGAACAAAAUGACAAAUAUUCUGCCGAAUACACCAACCCAGUAUCAUCGAGUGCAAGUGAUAUUUCGCAAUCGACAACACUGGAGAACGCCUCCUCCUUGCCUCAAGGUAGCUGUGCCGAAAGACCGCCAGAAUCGGCAAUCAGUUGUCCAACUCCCGGUGUGAGAUCAAAUGACCCUAACACGCCAGGACCAAACUCUGUAAGCAACAGUAACGGUACAUCGUGCAAUACUUCGAGUGGAAUGCAGUUUUCUGCUUUUCCCACUCCGCCCAAAGAAGAUACUGAAGUGUCUAACUUGUCAGUAAAUUCCAACUCCGCGCACAAUAUGCCGCAGAAUUUGACGCCGACGGCUUCUGAACAUUCUACAUCCUCAACCCCCAGGGAGCACGACAUGACAACUGGGAGACACUCAAGUCAUAAUGGGCAGUCACUCACACACCCGCAGCAAUACCCCGCAAACCAGACGUCACCACCACAUCACCAACAGGGGCAGAUGCCUCCGAUCCACUCCCAGCAACAACCACAACAUAUCAACUCACUGAGCAAACUCAGUCAGGGAAUGGAAACAACACUAAGGAGCAUAUCGGGGUCAGCGUCUGCAGGAGGCAUCUUGCCCUAUUCACAUCAUCCUUAUAUCAGCCCGGGUGUAGGAGAAUACGUCAGCGGCGGCACAGGCUUCCAGGGCCCGCAAUCGAUGUUUAGCCAUGGAUCGUCCGCCUCAUCUUACCUGUCAAAAUCAAAAUGCAAGACAAGGUCGUGCACAGAAGGACGAGAAUGUGUAAACUGCGGUGCAACAUCGACUCCGUUGUGGCGAAGGGAUGGUACUGGACAUUACCUUUGCAAUGCAUGUGGACUUUAUCAUAAAAUGAACGGACAAAACAGACCACUCAUCAAACCAAAGAAACGUUUGUCCGCUGCCAGAAGAGCUGGAACAAGUUGCAGCAACUGCUCAACAACUACCACAACGUUAUGGAGAAGAAAUGCAAACGGUGAUCCUGUCUGUAAUGCAUGUGGACUGUACUAUAAACUACACGGAGUGAAUCGCCCUCUGACAAUGAAGAAAGAAGGAAUCCAAACGAGGAAUCGCAAAAUUUCGACGAAAUUGAAAAAAUCUUCGAUGUGCCGGGAUCCCCGCUUUGACGGAAAUUUCAAAUUUCUUGACAAGGGAGCAUUAGGUGGCUCUGCUUAUUCCCCCGGGUCUUUUGGACCGAUGCAUUCCCUCGGAGGCAUCCCACAUCACCCACAUCACCAUAUGCCCCACCACCUGGCCGGUUCCAGUUUCGGUGGCGCUUCCCAUCAUGUGUUGCCACCCGGUGCACACCACCCCAUGCACCACACAUCCCACCCCACCGCUGGACCGGCUUCUGGGAGUUUGGCACUAGGUUUGAAUCACUCCAACAUGGUUCACGCAUUAGGGUGAAUUUUCAAUUAAAAACCGAAAACCAAUGUGGCAAUGCCCAAUACGAAUUUUGACCGGGAUUUUCCAAAGCAAUCAGCCAUGACGAUUACGUCACUACCGUGUGAAGCAACGACCAUGACAAUAGUAAACUUUUCCCAUGAUGACGUCAGUGUAUUUUUUUAUCUUGUUUGGAGAGUUAGUUUUGUUUUUAUUUUUGCUCUUUAGUUGUAUCUAUAGCCGACCAACGCUUUAUAAUGCGCUUUUUGUGUGAAAAUUGUAGUUUUUUUUUUAUUUUACGAAUAUUGCCGCAAAAGAGUUCCUUUUUGUCUAUUUUGUAUUGUAUUUGGUGCUAGACACUUCUACAUAACUUCCAACCAAGAGUAUUUUCCAUACGCGCCUGUAUUCUAAAUUAUUAAAUACUCAAAUUUGAAGAAGCUCAAACUAUCCAGUUGUAUGGAUUGAUUGAAUCAUGUUACGGACGUUUUUAACUACAGAGAAUAGUCCGGUAAUGUAAUAUUAUAAUAUCGAAUGUACCAACAUGCAUCUUCGAAUUAUAUAAUGUCGGAGGAUUUUUCAUAUUUAUUCCAGCGGACAAGAAACGAAAGAUAAAAAAAAAUUUUUAAUAGUAAUUAUAAUAUUAUUGUUUUUGCUUAAAAAUUACUUGACGGUAAAGAAAUCUCUUGUAAAUCCCAAUGUAAUAGUUGUAAGACACUCAAUAUAUCCAAAGUCAAUCUAUUACUUUUCUAGAAAAAGAAUCACCCCGAACAUAUAUGAAAGUCAAACAGAACUUAUUAAGAAACAUAUCUGAUUCCAAUGAUUCGCUAUUUUUAUUACAAAAUGAUUCUGCAGAAUACUAUUUGUUUUUAUUUCUAGUAACAUAAUACAAAGGCCAUUGGACGUGGCAACAUUAAAUGGUGUCUCGUUU